AUGACGGUGCGUAAAGGAAAGAAACUCACCAUCUCCAUCCAGGAACACAUGGCCAUAGACGUCUGCCCAGGCCCAAUCCGACCAAUCAGACAAAUCUCUGCCUACUUCCCCCGCCUCUCCCCGACAGGUGAACCCAUCUCCCUAAACCCUGCUGCCUCUCCAUUGGCUCUCAGCCCUGGCGGCGGGGCCUCUGGAGUGGGGAGCAGUGCACUCCUCUCCCCUCUGCAGGCAGGGGCAAGGGGAGGGGGUGGGACCCUGUCUGCUGCAAGUAGUGUGGACACAUCGGUGGACAUUCACAGCUCCGACAGCGAUGACUGCACGGCUUUAGGGACAUUAGAGUUUGAGCUCCGGUAUGAAAGGGCCACCAGCUCGCUUCACUGCACCAUCAUCAGAGCUAAGGGUCUGAAGCCAAUGGAUUUCAAUGGCCUGGCAGACCCAUACGUUAAGCUUCAUCUUCUGCCUGGAGCAUCUAAGGCUAACAAGCUGAAAACCAAAACGGUGCGGAAUUCUCUGAAUCCGGUUUGGAAUGAGACACUAACAUACAUCGGAAUCACGGAAGAAGACAUGCACAGGAAGACCCUGAGGUUAUCGGUAUGUGAUGAGGACAAGCUGACUCAUAAUGAGUUUAUUGGUGAGUCGAGGGUGGCUUUGAGGCGUGUGAAACCAGACCAGACGAAACGCUUCUACACCUGUUUGGAGCAUCCACCGCCUCUUCCCUCCCCAACAGCCAUGGGAGCAGCACUGCGAGGAAUCUCCUGUUACCUUAGAGAGUGGGAGAAUGAGCAGUUGCACAGUUUGGAGGAGAGGGGUCGCCUGCUGCUCUCGUUGCAGUUUCUGCCCCCGCCCGAAGAGGGAGAGGGAGAUGGCCGUCGGGGGGGCCUGUGGGUCGGAGUGCAGCGAUGCGCCCACCUGGCCGCCAUGGACGUCAACGGCUUCUCUGACCCCUACGUCAAAACAUAUCUGAAGCCAGACGUGCAGAAGAAAUCGAAACAUAAAACGGCCGUGAUUAAAAAGACCCUUAACCCAGAAUUCAAUGAGGAGUUCUUUUAUGAGAUUUCCCUCUCAGAACUGGUCAGUAAGACACUGGAGGUGACAGUAUGGGACUACGACCUGGGUCGCUCCAAUGAUUUCAUCGGUGGAGUGUGCCUGAGCUGUCACUCUCAAGGAGACGCCCUACGCCAUUGGAUGGACUGCCUGAGGAACAAGGGGCAGAAGGUGGAGCGGUGGCAUGUUCUGACCAACGAACUCCCUCAGAGCACCUGCCAGGAGUGAGGAUAGAGUGACAGGGACUGGCUGAAUAGUAGA